GUUCAUGCAAAGAUCCACUGAUGGGCAGAUUAGUAGAGUAUCUAGGCCAGGAAUUAGCCAUCUUGCUGAUGUUCUUCUCCCUUUUAGCAAGAGUAGAUAAGGGAGUCCUUGCAAUCAUUCAGUAUGAGAAGGCAUUGGCAGGUACUGAAGUCAUAUUAUUCGAAUCGUGUUCAAACUGGUUAUUUACUAAUGAUACUGUCACUGAUAUACCAGCCACCAGUAUGAAUGGUGUAUCUAUCAAAUAUGGUGAUGAAUUGCAUAUUAGUAACAUUAAUGGAUAUCAUGAAGGAUUAUACAAAUGCAGCAGUGAUCAUUCUGUAGCAGUGAACUUGACUGUUUAUGCUGUACCACAUUUUCAAAGUUUUGGUACGCAUCAUGUAGUGUCAGAUGGACAGUCUACAGUUCUUAAUAUAUCACUGGAUUAUGUUAAUGGAGGGGCAAGAGGAGCUAAACAAAACAUAUAUGCUGUAAUUUUGAAAAAAGCUGGUGCAGGCAGUUCAUUACUAUACUGCUACACUGAUGGUCGCGGUUGUAGUGUUAAAAAUUCAUUCAUACAAAACUACACUCCAACAGAUGCUCCUAGUAACUUUACUGCAUCAGUGAAAACCAGUAAUGUUAAUAUUUCUGACAGUGGAACAUACGAGGCUAAAGUCGAACUGAAUGACAUUAAUAAUCAGAAUUAUAUUAGCGUGAUUUCAAGUACACUUACUUUGUCAGUGAUUCCAAAACCUACAGCAACUUACAGUGCUAGCAUGCAUUCAACUAUCACAACACAACAGGUGAUGAUGACUUCCAGUUCUAUUUCAUCAUCAUCCAUUCAUCCUUCUCCAACUUCCUUGCCACCAGCUGUGCAAUGCAACAGCAAGUACAAAUACGACAUUUAUUUGUGCUCAAAAGAUGCCUUAGUUGCCAUUGUUUCCAUGAGUGACAAGUCUACACUACUCUAUGAAUGGAUUGAGGGAGUAUUAAAAAAGACUAGCACGAAUAUUGAUAGCUUCAAGAAGAAUCAUAGUAAUUGCUUGAGUCAGUAUAAGGGAAGCACAACCAAAGCACGUGUUAAUGGUAUUCAAACACGAGAAUUAAAAAGGAACAAGAUCAACAAUUGUAAAACUGAGUGUGCUGGAUUAGUAGCUAAAAUGCUACGACUUGUUGAUCAAACUGGCUGCAAUGAAUGAACUGAUUAAUUAUUUUAUUUAUAAUUUCAAUCGUCAAUACUUGUUAUUAUUGAUAGUUUAUGUUUCCUCUCAUAGUAUUUAAUAUUUAUUAUCAAUUUUCAAAUGCACAUAAUUAGAAGAAAAAUGUAGCUAGUAAAAGAUA